CUCUCCUUUGUUCACGUGGAGCCUGCCCCUCCGCGCGAAAAUGGUGCUCCACAGCGAUAUCGAUCUUCUCAACCCUCCAGCGGAGCUGGAGAAGGCCAAGCACAAGCGGAAGCGGCUUGUGCAGAGCCCCAACUCGUUCUUCAUGGACGUGAAGUGCCAGGGCUGCUUCAACAUCACCACCGUCUUCUCCCACAGCCAGACCGUUGUCAUGUGCGGGAGCUGCUCGUCUGUUCUGUGCACCCCGACCGGUGGCCGUGCCCGCCUCACCGAGGGCUGCUCUUUCCGCAAGAAGAGCGACUAAGCGGGACGCGUGGAGCGCUCGGGACGAGCGCCGUGACGGCCAGGCCUUCCUAGCCGGGCUGGCGGCUGGGGUGGCAGGCAGCUAGAGCAGGUUCACCGUGGACAUGGCAACAGUUCGCUGGAGCUGCUGCUCGGCGCCAGCACAUAAGCAGAACCAGCGUGCAGGCUCUAUCAGGAGCCCGUCGGACCCGAAUGCCGCCUGACGGCAGGCCCCGCGUCCCCGGCCGGUAUGCAUGCAUUAGUUGUGCAUGACUGGUAGACCGCCGUAGCGGUCGCUGUUGACCAACGUUUGCGCGUGUAACGGUUGCUCAGACAA